AUGUCGUUUGUCGACUCAUACCGCAAGUUCAUGGAACGCAACAGCGAUCCCCGAACUGAGAACUGGUGGCUCAUGUCGGGACCAGGACCGCUACUCACAAUUCUGGCUACCUACCUGUACUUCUGUAAUUCCGUGGGACCACGGUACAUGAGAGACAGGAAACCGUACGAUCUGAAGAACGUCAUGAUUGUCUACAACAUAUCACAGAUAUUGAUGAGCAUCUACUUAGUUUAUGAGGGUCUAGUCGCCGGAUGGUGGAACGACUACAAUUUCUCAUGUCAACCAGUAGAUUACUCCGACAGCCCUCAAGCGAAAAGAAUGGCAGCAGCUGUAUGGUGGUACUUUGCAGCGAAGAUUAUUGAGCUGCUAGAUACUAUCUUCUUUGUGUUAAGAAAGAAGAAUAGGCAAAUCAGUUUCUUGCAUCUGUACCACCAUUUCAUGAUGCCCAUCUGUGCUUGGAUCGGUGUUAAGUUCUUACCAGGAGGUCACGGAACUCUCCUUGGAGUUAUCAACUCCUUCAUACACAUCAUCAUGUACUCGUACUACCUAAUCUCCGGACUUGGACCUCAGUAUCAAAAGUACCUGUGGUGGAAGAAGCACCUCACCACCAUGCAACUGAUUCAGUUCUGCAUUAUCUUCUAUCAUAACUUCACCGUUAUGUUCAGCGACUGUAACUACCCUAAAGGCAUUAAUUUCUUGCUCUCUCUCAACGCUGGUCUCUUCCUUUAUAUGUUCGGUAUGUUCUAUUACAACAGCUACGUCAAAAAUAGGAGAGCUACUCCGAAUCACGAAGGUACCAAAGUGAGAUAUACUGUCACCAAUGGAAUUACGAAAAAUCCUAUUGCCAACGGUAAUACGACAACGGAUGUGGUUACAAAUGGUAAAACGAAAGAGUGCUAG